AUGGCUUCCAAGAGUGCAGAGAAGUCCGGCCACACCAAUGCACUUCAGGGGUCUAUGGUCGUUGUUCGAGAAAAUGUGUCGCCUUUGACGUCCUCGAGUGACGAUGUCACGAUGGAUGAGGCCGACAGGAAGCUGGAAGCCAUGGGGUACACACCGGUCUUCAAACGAGAGUUCUCCACCUGGUCCAGCUUCAGCUUUGCCAUGAGCAUAUCCGGCGUCUACGGCUCCCUCAUGUCCACUUGGAUAUACGGACUACAAGCCGGUGGAGCUGCCGCCAUCAUGUGGAGUUGGGUCAUAGGGGGUGCCGGGGCUUGGGCAUUGGCACUUAGUCUGGCUGAGCUAUCGUCAGCAUAUCCAAGUUCAGGGGCUAUGUACUUCACUCUGAAGUUUCUUGCGCCGGAGGAGCAAGUGCCCAUCUUGUGCUGGAUUUCGGGUUCGUACUCUUUCUUGGCAAGGGAGUGUACUCUGCUAAUACGAAAGCAGGCUACAUCAAUCUUGUUGGAACCGUCACCGGCAGUGCCGCCACCGAAUAUGCAUCCAGUCAGAUGCUGCUCGCAGCUGUGUCCAUCACCUCCAACUUCUCUUACAUGCCGACCAACAAUCAUGUUGUGUGGCUAUGUAGUAUUCCACAUCAGUGUUCUGGUUGGCGCCUGCGUGUGCCUGCUCGUUCAGACAAAGGAAAAGCAUAGCAUUGCAUAUGCCUUCACUGACUUCCAGCCCUCAUCCGGCUGGAAUCCCCCUGGCUUUGCCUUUCUCUUUGGCUGUCUGACACCAGCCUGGAUCAUGACAAGCGCUGAUAGCACAGCCCGAAGCCAAAGACCCCGCCCGCAUAGUCCCCAAAGCAAUCGCCAACGCCACAACCUUCACGUACAUCAUCGGCUUCCUCUUCAACCUCGUACUAGUGAUCUGCAUGGGCGACCCCCUCGAACUAGUCCAAAGCCUCAGCGGCCAACCAGUAAACCCCCACUCCCCUUGACUAAUCCUAUACAACCUCUAACCCUUCUUAACCCAACAGGUAGCCCAACUCUUCUUCAAUGCCAUGGGCCGCACCCCAGCAAUACUGUUCACCCUCUGCGGCUUCGUAGUAAUGAACCUAGUCGCCAUCCCAGGCAUCCAAGCUGGCUCCCGCACCAUCUUCGCCUUUGCUCGCGACGACCUACUCCCCUUUUUUCCCACCACUGGCGUCGGGUCUCCAAGCGCUCCCAGACACCCAUUGCCGCGGUGUGGUUAUAUGCCGCCCUCGAGAUUAUUGUUAAUCUCCUCGGGUUAAUGUCCGACACGGCAAUCAGUGCCGUGUUCAACGUCUGCACUGUUGCCUUGAAUAUCUCUUAUCUGGUCCCCAUCGUCUGCAAGAUGCUGUACGGGAGAUUUGAAAAAGGGCCGUGGAAUCUGGGGAGGUGGAGCUUUGUGAUGAAUGUGGUUGCUGUGGGGUGGAACACGCUCAUGGCAGUUAUUUUCUUUUUUCCUACCAGGUUGCCGGUUGCGGCGGAGAAUAUGAACUAUGCUAUUGUCGUGUUUGUGUUUGUUCUGAUGUUUUCUGUUGGGUUUUGGUAUACCCGUGGACGACAUUUUUAUACCGGUCCUGGGACGAGGAGGCCGUUGGCAGCCACGGUUGUUGAGACGUUGGGUUGA